UGUCCUCUCCUCUCCAUCUUUUUCGUGAUCUCUCGUCACCACGCAACGUAUUCGACCCCUCAUCCCAAUCUUACCCCCCACUCCCUCCAACUCUCCAUCCCUCCUUCCCCUUUGCUCGAGGGCUGUGUGGAUGUCUGCAGAAAGAUUUUCAUUGCAACAGGGACUUGGCUCAACAGAAUGUGGUAAGGACAGAGGGAAUGGCUGUAGGAGAGGACACGCCUGGACACGCCUGUACCCGUGUGUGCGUGUGUGUGCAUUCGUGUGCCCGUACGUGCGCAUGCCAGUGAUAAGUGGGGCAGCUGUUUGUUCACCCACACCCGCCCACAAUUUCUACUAACCCAUUCGCAACCACCCGACUACAAGUGAUAAAGUGAUCUGAGGCCAGCACCCGACCCUAACUCGCAAAUAUAGAAAAUACGCUGUAGCAUACAGUCAGAGAUUUUUUGACAGUGGGUGUGGGACUUUUUGUUGUUGUUGCCUAAUUCAGAUAGGUCUUUGUUUCUGCUUAUAAUUUACAACAUUUUGGUAGGCUAUUUGUUAGUCAACUUGUCUAUAAUUAGAUACAAUACUAGAAGACUAAAUAAGCCCUUGCUCACCAGAAAAUAUGUCAUACAUCAAUCGAAUGAAUGCUUCAAUCUAGUUGACAUUGGUAAAGUUUUCUCUUUCAUCUCUGCUUCUCUCCAGCAGUAAAGAUGUUUAGGGACCGGGGAGAAAAUGCAAAGAUUUUCCAUGCAAAAUGACCAAAUUACAUUAGUUCGACUGUUGUUAAGUUAAUUACAAGCUGUGAAAACGACCCAACAUGUUUCUGAAAAGACUUAAGUUUGCAAGGAUGCAUAUUUUAGGUGAUUAAAAUACUAUAAGCUUUUAUGAUGCUGAUAAAGAUGGCACCUUUACAGACGGUCCCUAACCAAUCAUUCAUUCUCUCAAGUUGCUGAAAUAUAUAAUAUUUCCCCACUCCUGUUCCAGAGUCAAAAAUCUACAUUUGGUGUAUCGUUCUACUGCAAUAAGUGCUUAAUUCUGUUCUGCAGGAGUUAAUAUUAUAUCAGAUUAUGUGAGAGGUUAUAAACCUACAGUCAGUGUCCAGAUUUCAGUUACUAUUCCUUGUAACCCGUCUGAACAGUGGCUACAAUUCCCUUGACCAUAUUUGAAGUCCCCGUCUUGUCACUGUCUGGCAGAUAAAAAUAAUGAAAGAAAAACCUCUAUCUAGCCUAUAGAUAUGAAUUGCACAAGAAUUAUACAGUAUAUUUAUGGAUUGUUAAUGCAUUGUUUUCUCUUUAUUCCACCUGCCCGCCCGCCCUUCAUCCACACAAUAUUUCAUGACCCUAAACCCACCCGCCCUGUGGAUAUAACCGCUGAGACUGCGGAUUAUGACUCAACCCGCGCUUCACUAGCGCAUGCGUGUGUGAUGUAACUGGAUCUGCCGGUUACGUUGGGCUGCUUUUCUGAUCUUAAUAGGAACUCAGUCCUUGGGAAACUGUGUAUGUGUGUGUACCAGCGCAUAUGUGUGUGUGUGUGACAGUGAGAGAAACUGCUCGCUUUGCAAACAGACCUCCACGGUGUUGCCACGGGGCCGCAGCCUCAAUCAGGCAAUGGGAGCGAGGCAGCCCAUGCUAAAAAUAACUCUGUCUGAAAGCUCCAGUCACAGCAGCCAGUGGGCUUCAGCACCAGGUUCAACUCUACCAUUGAAUUAAAGCAGGAAGCACCAGUGACUCGGUCUAUAAAAAAAGUUGUCAGAUGAAGCAGAUGCUAAACUACAGGACUGUUUUGCUAGCACAGACUGGAAUAUGUUCCGGGAUUCUUCGGAUGGCAUUGAUGAGUACACCAUAUCAGUCACUGGCUUUAUCAAUAAGUGAAUCGAGGACGUUGUCCCCACAGUGACUGUACGUACAUACCCCAACCAGAAGCCAUGGAUUACAGGCAACAUUCACACUGAGCUAAAGGGUAGAGCUGCCGCUUUCAAGGAGCGGGACUCUAACCCGGAAGCUUAUAAGAAAUCCCGCUAUGCCCUCUGACGAACCAUGAAACAGACAAAGUGUUAAUACAGGACUAAGAUCAAAUUGUACUACACCGGCUCCAACGCUCGUUGGAUGUGGCAGGGCUGACUACAAAAGGGAAGGAUAGUCAAGAGCUGCCCAGUGACACAAGCCUACCAGACAAGCUAAAUAACUUCUAUGCUCGCUUCGAAACAAGUAACACUGAAACAUGCAUGAGAGAACCAACUGUUUCGAAUUACUGUGUGAUCACGCUCAGCCGAUGUGAGUAAGACCUUUAAACAGGUCAACAUUCACAAGGCCGCUGUGCCAGAUGGAUUAUCAGGACGUGUACAUUAUCCCAGAAACCCUAGACCCACCCUAAUGUGCAUACCGCGCCAACAGAUCCACAGAUGAUGCAAUCUCUAUUGCACUCCACACUGCCUUUUCCCACCGGGACAAAAGGAACAUCUAUUUGAGAAUGCUAUUCAUUGACUACAGCUCAGCGUUCAACACCAUAGUCCCUCAAAGUUGAUCACUAAGCUAAGGACCCUGGGACCUAACAGCUUCCUCUGCAACUGGAUCCUAGACUUGCUGACGGGCUGCCCCCAGGUGGUAAGGGUAGGUAACAACACAUCCGCCACGCUGAUCCUCAACACGGGGGCCCCUCAGGGGUGCGUGCUCAGUCCCCUUCUGUACUCCCUGUUCACGCAUGACUGCACGGCCAGGCACGACUCCAACACCAUCAUAAAGUUUGCUGAUGACACAACAGUGGUAGGCCUCAUCACCGACAAUGAUGAGACAGCCUAUAGGGAGGAGGUCAGAGACCUGACCAUGUGGUGCAAGGACAACAACCUCUCCCUCAACGUGAUCAAACAAAGGAGAUGAUUGUGGACUAUAGGAAAAAGAGGACCGAGCACGCCCCCAUUCUCAUCGACGGGGCUGUUGUGGAGCAGGUUGAGAGCUUCAAGUUCCUUGGCGUCCACAUCAACAACAAACGAACAAGGUCAAAGCACACCGAGACAGUCGUGAAGAGGGCACGGCAAAACCUAUUCCCCCUCAGGAGACUGAAAAGAUUUGGCAUGGGUCCUCAGAUCCUCAAAAGAUUUUACAGCUCCACCAUCGAGAGCAUCCUAACAGGUUGCAUCACUGCCUGGAAUGGUAACUGCUCGGCCUCCGACCGCAAGGCACUACAGAGGGUAGUGCGUAUGGCCCAGUACAUCACCGGGGCCAAGCUUCCAGCCAUCCAGGAUCUCUAUACAAGGGCGGUGUCAGAGAAAGGCCCUAAAAAUCAUCAAAGCCUCCAGCCACUCUAGUCCUAGACUGUUCUUUCUGCUACCGCACGGCAAUCCGUACCGGAGCGCCAAGUCUAGUUCCAAGAGUCUUCUAAACAGCUUCUACCCCCAAGCUAUAAGACUCCUGAACAGCUAAUCAAACCUAGACUAUUUGCACCCCCCCUAGACUAUUUGCACCCCCCCCCCCCCACCCACUACACUGCUGCUACUCUCUGUUAUUGUCUAUGCAUAGCCACUUUAACAACCCUACCUGCAUGAACAUAAUUAUGUCAAAUACAUUGUUAUUUACUGCUGCUAUUUAAUUAUUUGUUUUUCUUAUCUCUUACUUUUUUAAACUCUUUUUUUUAGGUAUUUUCUUAAAACUGCAUCGUUGGUUAAGGGCUUCACCAGCAGGACCUCCUGGCUCUGAAGCAUCAGCAGGAGCUGCUGGAGCACCAGAGGAAGAUGGAGAGACACCGCCAUGAGCAAGAGAUGGAGAAGCAUCAGAGGGAGCAGAAACUCCUACUGCUUAAGAACAAGGAGCGUUGCCAGGAGAGUGCGGUGGCCAGCACAGAGGUCAAGAUGAGGCUGCAGGAGUUUGUCCUGAACAAGAAGAAAGCCCUGGCCCAGCGCAGCCUCAACCACUGCAUGUCUACUGACCCACGCUAUUGGUACGGGAAGACCCAGCACAGCUCCCUGGACCAGAGCUCCCCUCCCCAGACAGGGAUGUCCACUUACAACCACGCCAUCCUGGGGAUGUACGACCCCAAAGACAACUUCCCUCUCCGCAAGACAGCCUCUGAGCCCAACUUGAAGCUCCGGUCCAGGCUAAAACAGAAGGUAACGGAGCGCAGAAGUAGCCCACUUCUACGCAGGAAGGACGGUCCAAUUACCACCGCCAAGAAGCGCUCUCUGGACAUGGCUGAAUCGGCCUGCAACAGCGCUCCUGGCUCGGGCCCGAGUUCGCCCAACAACAGCUCCAGUAACAUCACCAAUGAGAAUGGCAUCGCUGGCUCCAUGUCCAGUAGUUCAGUAGAGGCCUCCCUGGCCCACAGGCUGGCUGGCCGAGAGGGCCCCUUGAGCCAGCUGUCUCUGUACACAUCGCCCUCGCUGCCUAACAUCACCCUGGGCCUGCCAGCCACCGGCCCUUCCAGCAUGACGUCGGGCCAGCAGGAAGGCGACAGGCUUUCAAUGCACGACAGACUGCAGCAGGGCUUCCCCAUAACCACUCCCUUCAUCCCCGGGGCCCACCUGCCCUCCUACCUGACCGAUGGGGGCUCGGCACACAACCCCCUCCUCCAGCACAUGGUCCUCUUGGAGCAGUCCCAGAACCCACUAGGUUUGUCCUGCUGCCUGAGCGGGAUGCCCCUGCAAUCGUCCUCCAUUCACAAGCUGCGUGGGCAGCACCGUCCCCUGGGGAGGACCCAGUCGGCCCCUCUGCCCCAGAAUGCCCAGGCCCUGCAGCAGCUGGUGGUCCAGCAGCAGCACCAGCAGUUCCUGGAGAAACACAAGCAGCAGUUCCAGCAGCAGCAACUGCACAUCAACAAGAUGAUGGCCAAGACCAGUGAGCCAGGGCCGGGGCCGGGUCGGCAGCACGAGAGUCACCCGGAGGAGACAGAAGAGGAGCUAAGGGAGCACCAAGCCCUAUGUCCCCAGGACGGAGGCCACAUGUGUGGAGUGACAGUCAAGCAGGAGCCCCCGGACCCCCAGGAAGAGGAGAGGGACCACAGAGAUAGGAUAGUUGACCAGGAGCUGCUCUUCAGACAGCAGGAUGUGUUGUUGGAGCAGCAGAGAAUCCACCAGUUGAGGAACUACCAGGCUUCGAUGGAGGCAGCCGGCCUGUCAAUCACCUUCCCAGCGCACCGCCCCCUCUCCAGGGCCCAAUCAUCUCCUGCCUCGGCCUGCUUCCCCCCCAUCGUGGUGCAGCAGGAACCACCCACCAAGCCUCGCUUCACCACCGGACUGGUGUAUGACACGUUGAUGCAGAAGCACCAGUGUAUGUGUGGCAACACCAACACACACCCGGAGCACGCCGGACGCAUCCAGAGCAUCUGGUCUCGACUACAAGAGACAGGACUGAGGGGCAAGUGUGAGUGUAUACGGGGGCGGAAAGCCUCACUGGAAGAGCUGCAGACGGUUCACUCUGAGGCCCACGUCCUUCUGUAUGGAACCAACCCACUUCGACAGAAGCUAGACAGUUCAGUUACUCCCAUGUUUGUGAGGCUGCCUUGUGGAGGGGUGGGGGUGGACAGCGACACCAUCUGGAACGAGGUCCACUCGUCCAGCGCUGCUCGUCUAGCUGUGGGCUCCGUCGUGGAGCUUUGCUUCAAAGUGGCGGCUGCAGAGCUCAAGAAUGGUUUUGCUGUAGUCCGGCCCCCUGGACACCAUGCAGAGGAGAGCACACCUAUGGGAUUCUGUUACUUCAACUCAGUGGCCAUCGCAGCUAAACUCUUGCAGCAGAGGCUCAGUGUCAGUAAGAUCCUGAUUGUGGAUUGGGAUGUUCACCAUGGCAACGGCACACAACAAGCGUUCUACAGCGAUCCCAACGUUCUCUACCUGUCACUCCAUCGCUACGACGACGGCAACUUCUUUCCUGGCAGUGGAGCGCCUGAUGAGGUGGGCACUGGGGCAGGUAUGGGCUUCAAUGUGAACAUGGCUUUCACCGGGGGACUGGAACCACCCAUGGGAGACGCAGAGUACCUGGCUGCCUUCAGGACGGUGGUGAUGCCCAUCGCCAAUGAGUUUGCCCCCGACGUGGUGCUGGUGUCGUCUGGCUUCGAUGCCGUGGAGGGCCAUGCGUCACCCCUGGGAGGGUACAGGCUGACAGCCAAAUGUUUUGGAUAUCUGACCAGGCAGCUGAUGGGGCUAGCCGGAGGCCGCAUGGUACUGGCCCUGGAGGGGGGCCACGACCUCACUGCUAUUUGUGACGCAUCCGAAGCCUGCGUCUCUGCUCUGCUAGGAAUCGAGUUGGAUCCUAUCCCUGAGGAGGUGAUGCAGCAGAGGCCCAACCCCAACGCUGUUCACUCCAUGGAGAAGGUGCUGGAGGCACACAGUAAAAACUGGCGCUCUCUGCAGCGCGGGGCCUCCACGCUGGGCUACUCUCUGAGCGAGGCUUGCCGGUGUGAGUCGGAGGAGGCUGAGACCGUCACCGCCAUGGCCUCCCUCUCUGUGGCCAACAAGCAGAGGAAGAGCGAGGAGGAGCCUAUGGAGGGCUGACCAAGCCCCCUUCACCAUUCAGAGACACUCAAGUUCUCCAAUUUAGGUCUCCCAUUUAGUACUCAGCCAACCUCCAUUUCAAUUUGACCCACCCCUUGGCCCCACUCGCACCCUGUCUAGGAGGCGCAUCAGCCCCGGGGGACAGGGGGCAACGUAUAAAACGACUUGGUAUGAAACGGAAAUGGAAGACGUCACUAUCUCACUCGCCCAGAAUGGACGGACUAAAACGCCCCCGAUGUGGUUCCGUCUCUACGUGGGGAGGCAGAACACAAGGAGCCCCGGGUUGCCAGGUCUUGUCAGGUCUUUACUCCAGGACGGGUGGGAUCUAAGGUGACUUUAAAUCAUCCCACGCUGGCAACAUUGAGUGUCUGUGAUUUUUUUGGGGGGGAACAGACACACUCGCUACGUUCGAAGUACUGCUCCAGACGCAGAAUUUCUCAUUCAGCCAUCUCCUUUCGUUUUUCUCUUUCUGUCAUUUUUUCCUUUUUCCUCUUCCGUUCAGGAGAAACAGCAACCGAGCCCUGUGAUGUAAUUACUUCUUUGUUUACGAAUGUUUGAUUGUUACCAUUCAUGAAAGACUUUGAGAAAGGAGAGAUGUCGACAGGGUUUGCUGAUAUUUCUUGGCACAUUUUCCGAUUGGCAAAAGCAGGCGUUUUUUUUUUUUUUUACAGAAGAGGAAAGGUAUAAAGCGAGGAAAAGAGAAGGAGAACCCGAUGGACAGGUGACCUGGGGCCUUGUUUAUCAAAGGUGCGUGCGCACAAAAAAAAGUCUCAACCUUGCGUGCGCCAGUUUUCCCGCAAAGGUUAGUGGUUAUCAAUUUUGAACUUGAUGGGAAAGUGUGCGUAUAUCCACUGAAAUCUCAGACCAUGCGCACGCACAACUUCUAGUGGUUGAUCAACCGUAUUGCAAGUAAAUAUUGUUAUUUUGGAGGAAAUGUAGGUGUUUGAUGCACGGGAAUUAUAAUAAUGGUAGGCUGAUAAAAACAUAAAAAUGUAUAUGCCUAUUGAUAAAACAGAUGCAUUUGCCGUUGGUAAGGAGAUCACAUAGCAGCAUGUCGCUUAAUAUAUUUAUUUAACUUUUAUUAUAUGGGCCUAAAUCAAUCAUAUUGCAGGACAUGUCUCUCCUUUUCUGACAUGACUGGUUCAUUUCCGCUACACAACAAAUAUUACGCUACCAUUUAUCCAUCUCUCAUUCAAUAGCCAAGCAUGCUCGAAAGUAAAUAGACCAGUAGUGUAACGGCGUUCCUCCUCCUCUUCAUCCGAAGAGGAGGAGCAGGGAUUGAACCAAAAUGCAGCUUCUUGAUAUGACAUGAUUUAUUAAAUGAAAGACGAAAAAACACGAAAACACUUUAACAAACUACAAAAGAACAAACGACGUAGACGCACCUGAACAUAUGAACUUACAUGACACGAAGAACGCAUGAAACAGGAACAGACUACAUAAACCGAACAAACAAACCGAAACAGUCCCAUGUGGCGUAACUUACAUAGACACUGACACAGGAGACAACCACCCACAUACAAACAGUGUGAAAACACCUACCUUAAUAUGGCUCUCAAUCAGAGGAAAUGAAAACCACCUGCCUCUAAUUGAGAGCCAUAUCAGGUCACCCUUAACAAACAUAGAAACACAUAACAUAGACUACCCACCCAAACUCAUGCCCUGACCGUCAAACACAUACAAAAUAACAGAAAACCGGUCAGGAACGUGACAAGUAGUCUAUGACAGUAUAGGUAGGCUAAAGUAUCCUUGUGCGAUAGGAGCGCGACAUCAUAGCCUAUUUAAUCUCAGAGUCUAUGCCAAAGCAGGAAACAUUAACACGAUCAUGUAUUGAUGAACAAAAUAUUGAACAACAAUUCGUCUUUUGCAUAGAAGUCUGGGCUCUAAGCAGCAUUUACUUUUCAAUUGUUCAAUAGACAGUCAAUCUUGCCGAAUACAUGGCCAGUGUUUGGCACUCUCUAUAGUUUAAAAAAGUCACUGCAAAAGAUGACUACAUUCUGCCCACACCUCUACAGAAAUGUGAUCACAUUUACCCUUGCACUUUCUUUUUAGUGACUAUCAUGGCCCAGUUCCAAUAUCUCCAAAUUAUACAGCAAAUGAGGGUGUUUUUGUUACCAUAAAAGGUGAAUGGAGGGCGUUUUUCCAGGCAGGGUGGUAACGCUCGUUCACGAGUGCACAAAUAUAGUAUGGCUCUGAUUUAAUCAAUGAAAACAUGCGUAUAGGUUGCGAGCAACAGUUUGAUAAAUCCCAAUCAUUUGUUCUGCACACAAAUCCUAGAAUGUCCACGUACGGCAAAAUUUUGUAAGAAAUGUACGCAGCGGUUGAUAAAUGAGGCCCCAGGUCUUCUGGUUUGAGAUGACCGACUGUAAAAAGACUGAGUUUUGUGCCUUUCUAGUUCCUGCCUGGCGGAUUUCCCGAUGAACUCAAGACGAAGAGCUUUGCCUUAAAUUUGUUUUGGAGGGAGAGAGGUGCCCUCCUCUCGCUCUCACGUCUCAUCGCCUUUUGUGGUAGUGAGACUGGCAAUGCCGAUACGAUGGCACAUAGACUGGAAGCCCUUGGCAUGUUUACCCUGACUUCCCUGUAGCCUUCUGUCCCACCCUGAUCCAUUUGACCUUGUUGUCGGUGCUUGACUUGGGAAGGAGCUCACCGCAGCUGACUACCGGCACACAAAAUCCAAGUCGUACACUACUUGUUGUAACCCCUUUACUAUCGUUUCGAAGGUAGUUGCCGUGCUACACAGGGACUAACACGGUCGAGUCUUUUUCAGUGGAACGAGAGCCUUCAAUGCUUGAAACAUCAGCCAACGAUGUAGCGAUCGUCUGGUAUGUAAACCCUUUACCAAAUACACGCCACCUCUACGAAAGAGUUAGCUAGCAUGCACUGUAGUCUGUACUAGAGAGAUUUGCCAUUUUAAACUAGAAUGCUGUUCAAAAAUAGUUGUAGUAAGACAAGAAAUUAUGCCAAAGCGUGACGUUGCUAUCAGCUCAAUAGCCUGGUGCCACGUAGUAUUGUAACCACAUAGGACAGAUAUUGCUAUCAUGAUUUUACGUUCAAAAUUGUUCUCUGUGAGGGAAUUAUAACAGUUGACCAAUUUCUGUCUUUACACACCUCACCCUUCAAAACGUUGUGAUGUCACAAUGUUCAGAUGCUCUUACCUUCAUUUAGGGGCUCUACCCACAAUUUGCCGUUCUUUUUUUGCUUUGUUCACAGAGAUAAACAACCACAAAGCUCAUGAGUCUUUGUGUUACCAUGGUGACAGAGCAGUUAGACAGACGUGUACCCACCUUCGUGAGUUUACAGAGGGGAGCAAGUGGCACCCAUAUUCUCUGACAUUCGGUCCACGCUCCUUGUUAGACACAGCUGCUCCCCAAGUGUCAGGUGCUACUGAGUGUGUGUGUGUGUGUCACAUGUCACAAUCCAGUAAACAAACCCUUUAUACAUUGACACAGUCAUCAUAGCUACUGCUAGGUGUGUGUUUUUAGGCACAGGAAAGGGUUUUUAACCUUGUGUGUGUGAGACACAUUAAAUAACCGUGUCUCUAACUACAUACAUUUGACUUAGUUCACAAACACCUAUAGCUCAGAAUACAGAGAAUGAAUGAAAGUAGUGAUCUGAAUACGGUAUAUUGAACCCCCCCCCAACUCAUGUUUCGCCUCUUGGCAACUACCUUCUACGUUGUUUCAUUGACGUCAUAAUCCCUUUUUUUCUACUUUUGGUAAACGAGGAAGAACUGAGAAGAUUCUGCGUGGAUCUUUCUUCUGGAUGUUUCCACCACGGUUGUUUUGAUGACUCCUCCAUCCGUGUUGUUUUUACCCAUCUUUGUCUCUUCUCUUGUUUCCGUUUUGUCCCCGUUGUCUUAAGCAGUGGGCUCCAGUGUCUUUGGUUGUUCUACUUUUGAGUUGUUUUCCUGUCAUUUUGUAUUCUUUUGAGUUCUUUCUCUCUCUUACACUUUGUACAGUUCCUUUUCACGGUGAAACGUUCUGGGGUUGUGUGCAAAUAUUUCUACUUUGUAUAACGAUUCCAACAGUUGUGUAUUUACUAUGCUGGGUGUUCAUGGUAGAUUUAUAUAUGACAACACAUCUAUAAGUAUAUUAUAUCUUCUAAGAAAUUACAAUCUUGUUUUGGGGAAAAGAGAAUUUGAAUUGCAAAGUCAUAUGCUCAUGUUUCAUUACCCGGUCUGGUUCGGCCCUUCCUGGUGUCGCCGAGGGCACUGUUCAUUAUUCCUGGCUGCCAUUGGCUGAGGGUUCAGUACAGUAGCAUCCCAUUUGGUGUCUGUUUCUCUACAGUAUACACCACUGACCUAGGCUCUAUUACUACUUCCUGACACUACAUAGAGGAGUAGAAAGGCUGUUCCCAAACAAAGGGAAAGGACAAGUCGCUUGUCUCUUAUAUUGAAUUUCCUUCUCCAUUAAAACAAUGUGACAACCCACCCAUGUAAACAUGGGGUUACAGUGGAAUUUCACACUCUUACAUAGGUAACCCUUUCUGACCUGCAACCAAACACUCUAGCUGUGUUUUGUAAAACCUUCUGUAUACUAUCUAAGGAUUUGUAAUUCAGAAGCAGUAGCGGAGCUUGGAUAAAAUCACUGGGGAAGCCAAGCCAGUAAAAAAAGCCAUAUUGCAACUUAUGUGUUGUGAUAAUUGCGUGGUUUGCUCUAUAACCCGUUAGUUCAUAUGCCUUGCCACCGUGAUGUAUACAGGCCUAAAGGCCGAGACAAUAAGGAGACACGGUGGCAGAAUAAAUUCAACCACAGCUUUGUUUCACCACCAAACUGGGGAGCAGCAUAUAUCCAGUGGAACAUCUAUCCACAAAGUAUAUUGUAACAAACAGUUACAUGACCUACAGCAUGGUCAAUCAAGUUAAUGUUUCUGACAUUUUUUGGACUACUAAACAACUUGAUUUAGGACACCGGAGAGUUACCGCAAACCGCAAAGAAAACAGGAGCUGCCUCCACUAUUCCAGCACCAUUUCAACAUGAUCAAAUCACUGAUGCUUAGUCUAAUACAGUGACAACUAAAAUAUUCCAAAAGCCAUUCAGUCCAAUCAACGUAAGCUAAAUAGGAUGUGCCUGUCCAUAGUACUGAUUUCUCUGUGUGUGUGCAAUGAAGUAGAAAAAACAUGUUGACUCACCCUACUUGUAAAGUAACGCCAAUGCCAUCCCCCUCUCUUGCCGAAACGGUUUAUGACUCUGUCAUACAGUACACGUUUUUAGUUUUUGUUGUCCUAGGCUACCUGGCUAAAAUGCUUUGUCGCUAGCUUAACUUCCUUUCAUGGGCAACAAUUAGCCAGCUAAUUAACAUUCACCAACUACAUCUAGCUACAUAUUGAACUUCUAUCCUCUCAGACCAGAGGCACAAAUGUAUGAAUUUACGGUUAGAACCGACUUGCCGUUAAAAUCAUUGGCCAGUAUGGAUAAUUAAGUAAAACCACAAGUCCAAAUCCCUAUCUCCGUCCAUGACUCAUUUAGUAAAGGGACAAUUUUAGCUAGCCACCAAAGGACAAAAACACAACGAGAUGCAACAAUUCAAUCUUUUUUCUGUCAAUGACAGUUGACUUUAUUUGAAGUGAUUAGUGUGAAGCCAAAUCCAAACUGACUUCCCAUAACACUUUUUUUUGGUGUGCCAGGACCAUUCACAGUUGAACUCGCUCAGUUUAGCUCAAGGCUGAUUGGCUGUUAUUGUAUAUAACAAAUAUCAAGGAAGGCAAAUGCUCCCUGGCUUCCCUUGCAUUCAAUGCUAUGGGCAGCAACGAUAUCAUACUCUUUUUGACCAGACAGCAUCAGAUAGAUGGCCUACACAUACAGAGACAGAACGGCACUGUUUUUGCUCGCUUGGAUGCUUUCUCCGGUGAGAUACAUUCAGCCUCUUGCGAAUUGAAGGAAAAUGAUGAAACACAGAGAGACGAAAGAUACAUUAUUUUAUAUGUUAUUUUUCUUCCAUUUUGGGGGAAGCCUGGCUUCCCUUUGCAUCCAUGAAUACAUGCCACUGUUCCCGAAGGGCCUGUCUUGGAAUGACAUGAUAAUUACACAAGAGUUUCCCUAUAAUGAUUAAUCACCAUAAGCCCAGGUGUCAUAGUUAACCCAUCAAAAGUCCCCCCCCCCCCCCCUCUCCCUUUGACCUCAUCCAGCCCAAACUGCUCCUCUCUGACGGCUGUAGCAGACGACUAGUGAGGUCAAGGGUCACCUCAAUGGAUCCAGUCUCAGCCAAGAGGGUGGAGUAUGAAUUGAUAGUCGAGUCUGCGUCACAGUUGUGGUUGUUGUUAUUGUAUUGGGGCACAAUAGUAACCGAUCAUCCAGAGCUCCCCCAGAAUGCUCAGUGCACCAGCCUGAGCAAUUGGCAGUUAUGGUUUAGUCACUUGUAUUCAAGCAAUCUUUCUCAAAGGGACUUUAUACUAUCUGGUUAUCAUAGUGUCCAGAUAGUCAAUUUGAACAUUCUCGUGCUCUACAGACAUUCCAUUUGUUUUGUUUUUCUUUGUUUUAUUAUUUUUUUAUUUUUCUCCUGUUUUUUUCUCCUCUUCUCACAAAAGGCCUGAGGAUUGUCUGUCGUUUAUUUAAAGGGCCUGGUUGCCGGAUUCUGCGCCAUUCCUCUUCCACCACCUCUAACUUUCUCUGCAUGGUUUUGUGUGUCCGCAUGCCUGUCUCUGUCCCUGUAACUUAUCUGCACAAGACAAAAAGCACUGAAUGGACAGAAGUACGUUUUUAUCACAGCGUCGGGAUUCGGGAGCGAAGCAUGACGCAAGAACUUGUUUUUUUGCAACCUAUUUUUCUUUCCCCCCGCAAUUGACGAUGAGGAAGAACGGCACUCCAUGUUGGUCUGACAGAUGUGCUUUUUACAUGUAAAAAAAAAAAAAAAGAUCAACAACAAACUGAACGACUUAAUAUUUUACAACAUCUUGAUCUAGCACUUGUGACAUACAGACAAUAGAUUUGACUGUAUUUGUGCACAAAAACUGUUUGAGGGAAACUAAACGACAGGAGACAACAGGAGAGACCAACUUAUUAUAUCAUUUGAAGUUGGUACGGGGAGACGUUUUGUUUUCGAGGCAUCUGGAGAUAUCAAAGGGCUCUGUUCAGAUGAAUGGCCUAUUUUGUCGUCAUUCCACUUCAGCCAGUAAUAUCUGUGACCACUGUGGUAAGAAAAAGAACAGUUAUAGGUUUACAGAAUGUAUGAAAUGCAUUAUGUUUUUAUAUUGUUUUCUUUUGACUCUUGUUCUCUCCAUUGUUACAGAAUAGUACUUUUUUCCCGGGACCUUAGCUCUAACAUUUUCUCUUUGACAUCUACACUAUAAAGUAAAAUGUUUUGGAAAAACCA